AUGAAAAUUAGAGAAAAAUCCAGGAGCUUCAAAUAUCUCUCCAAGCUCAGUGGACUCUCCGUCGUCACCGCCAAGCCCAAGGACGUUCCUUCUUCUCCGGCAGGCUCCACGUCGCCGGAAAUGGAUCCCGGCAUCUGGAGCCGACUUCCACCGGAACUUCUUGAUCACGUACUCUCUUUUCUCCCUCUCAGAACCUGUUUUAACCUAAGAUCGACUUGUAAGCAUUUUGAUUCUCUCUUGUAUUCUCCUUCUUUCGUCUCUAAGCAUUCUGAUUCCUCUUUCUCCUCCUUCCUCUUGCUGGCGCAUCCGCAAUGUUUUCGUCAGUUACCUCUGUACGAUUCUGCUCUCGGAACUUGGCGGAGCUUGCCGCUCUCUGUUUCCGUUUCGCUUCCUUCUGGCAUUCCUUCUACUGCUCUUGUUUCUACUGCCAACGGCCUCGUUUGCUUCUCUCUUCGAAAUUCUUGCUCCUUCGUUGUUUGCAAUCUCUUGACCAAAUCCUCCAGACUGAUCGAAUUCCCGUAUCAUCCAUUCGCAUUCGAGUUGCUGACGUUGGUUUCCGUGCCCCUAGGGUACAAAAUUUUCACACUCUUCUCCGGCUCGUCUCCUGUUUCCGCUUUGGUCUUCGAUUCCAGGGAUCAUUCUUGGCGAAGAUUCGACAAUUUCGCGCCGAUUCACGGGGAUAAUCAUCGCCAAGAAGCUGCUUGCUAUAAUGCCCGUUUGUAUUUUGUUACGCCAGAACCAUUUUCUAUUGUUACCUUCGAUUUGGAAAAUGGCGAGUGGGAGGAAACCGAUAUCGUAAUGCCCGAGGAUCUUACGUUUGUUAGAUUAGUGAGCGAUGGAGAUAGGAAAUUGUAUAUGAUCGGUGGAAUUGGUAGGAAUGGGAUUUCAAGGAGCUUGAAGCUAUGGGAGUUUUCAGAACAGAGAAAUUGGGUGGAAAUUGAAAAUGUGCCGCAGAUGAUUUGUAAGAAGUUCAUGUCGAUUUGUUACCACAAUUACAAGCACGUUUAUUGCUUUUGGCAUCAGGGAACCAUCUGUCUUUGUUGCCACACUUGGCCGGAGAUUUUGUAUUACAAAUUGAGCAGGAGAACAUGGCAUUGGCUUCCCAAAUGCCCUUCUCUACCGGAAAGAUGGAGCUGUGGUUUCAGAUGGUUCUCAUUUGUGCCUGAAUUGUACGCAUCUGCCUGACUUGUUUCCCCUCUGAUUCAGAAAUAUUUUGACUUGGGAGCUGGGAGUUCAAUUUGUGGUAUUCAGAGUCAAAAGGUCAAUCACAUGUUUGCAGCCUUGUACAUAACCAAUGAACUACAAACCAAAAGAUUGUAAACAUUGAUGGAGGAGGCAAUAGAAGCGACAGAAAGACUAGAAGUCAAUCGAGGUGAUGUUAUCAGCUAAUUUCUAGUUCUUUGCUUUUGGUAAUUUGAGCCAGUGAUGGGUUAAUUGGAAAAUCUCUUACAUAUAAUCAAGAUGUUUAUACUAUGACGUGCAAAUAUGGAGAAGUUUAUGCUCUCAAAUAUAAUUAAAAGAAAUUAUGUAUUUGUGUUAUGAACAUUUAUGGA